AUGGCCACUAACAAUCUGAUCGCCCUCACAGCUUUAGCAAGCUACAGUGGACACCAAGUUGUUGUACCUUUUGUAAAUAAUUCAAAGUUUUUUGGUUAUAAAGUGAGCAGUGAUGACACUCAAACACUGGCAUUGUACUACAAUCUGAGCGCAUUUAACAACACGCUUCGUUCACACGGAUACAGCACUUUGGUGAGCUGGGAAAGAUUUCAGAAUGUUUGCCGAGACAAGUUGGACUUACUGAUACAAUUUAGUUAUGGUGAAGAAGCUUCACGCCGACAACAAACAACAGAACUUCAAGGUUUUCAAACUAGAUUUGGAUUCAAUAUAUCGAAAACUGUUCGCGUGGAUUCCGGAAUGCUUCGAUCGAUUGAAUCUUUUCUUGACAAAGUGGUCAACGGUAGCACAUUUAUUGGGAUCCAGCAGUGGAGAGGAAACGGAACAGGAUUAGAUCGAGCCUUCUUUGCACUUCCAAACAAUAUUUAUUCUUCCCUUUCAAAGUCGCAUUUAUCAUUCAAUGAGAAACUUUUAGAAAUCGCCGAUGACUUUAUAAAUAAGACUUAA